AUGACGACCCUUUUGUGAUCUUAUAAUCUGUUUCUUCUUGCAUCGAUGCGUAUAAAUCUUUCUACUUUUUUCAUGUCAUGUGUAUGGAGUUAAAGGAUGCGACUUUUCGGGAGGUUUUGUGGCAUGUUUUGAUUAGGGCAAUCAGAAGGCUUAUUCUGAUUCCAAACAAGGUGCAAUGUCUGAAAAUGUUAUGGGUUUGGACAAUGAUAGCAAUGGAAUGAGCAAGAAGCCUUUCCAUGCUUAUGAAUCUGCUUGGUUGGGUCGUUGGACACAGACUGGUAUUGAGGUGGCGCAACCGAGUCAAAGUCGUUUAUCCCUUAAAGAAGAUGCCAAAUGUUCUAAGGAAACCUCAAUGGUUAGUCCAGAUAUUGCAGUUGGUGAUUCUGCAUUUGGAAAAACAAUUAGGGGUGCCGUCCAUAAUGAAGAGAUUUUGAAAGAGAAUCAUGGAAGAAAACCUGACAACGAGGGCUGGGGUGUCUCACCGUUUCCUAUUUUCAAUGUUUCCCGGCAAAGCGAGAGUAUAACAGCUGCAAGAAAUGUACAAAACACACUGUGUAACAGAUUUCAGGCUUACUCAAGAAUGGAUGCUACAUUGUCUUUCCAUGAAGGUGAAGGUGCAAGCUCUAAAUCUAUGGCCAUGAGUAGGUCAUUGAUGCCGUCAUGGAUGCAUUCACAGGAAGAAAAUGCUUUACCAUCACCCAGCCUUAAGCAGAAAGGACAAUUCAGUUCAAAGCAGUAUCCUAAUAUCUCGGUUCAUGUGAAGAGUACACAAAACACACUCGACUUAAUAAGACCAAUGGGAAUUUGCCCAAUAGUUGAUUCGGGUGAAGGAACUUCUGGAGAGCCUCAUACUUUUUCUCAGACUACCCGGAAUUUCUUCCUCACUAAGAAGACUGAUCUUAAUUUGCCAAAAGAUGGUCGAGUAUCCAUGAAGCUGGAAGGAAAAAUGUUUAGCGGGUUUCUUGGUUUAUUGCCUAAUUUAGAUCUCGGUCACCAAGAACGAUUGAAGCUGCAAUCUUUAGAAAGCUUGAAAGAUUGGGAGGAAGGGUCAACAAAGAUUGAUGAAAUUGAAAGUUCUGCAGUUUGUGCAAGAAACGCAUCAUCGGCUGAGACUGAUACCUUGGACAUGGAUAAUUUCCAGAGGAUUCGCCCUUCUGGCUCCACAUCUUCAUUAUCACCAAAGGGUCAAGGAAGAAAAAAUCAAUCGGCAGUUCAGCAUGUUGAAAUACCAGACAUGAAUCAAGAACCACCGGUGGUUCCAGUGGAUAGGCGUGGAGGAGAGGCAAGCACCUCAGAGACAGAGACUCAAAGCAUGAAAAUGGAGCACUUUCUUUACAACAGCCUGUUGCCUAAAGAGAGCAAGCGUGUACAGUCAGACCCUGAACAUUGCAGCACAUGGGUCAAACGUCUGAAAACGGGUGCUUCAAAUUUCAGCGGGUGUGGAACAAAGAGCAUGAAGAUUGAAGAAGCAUCACCGGGCGAGAAUAUGAACGAUUUCUUCCAAAGAAUCGUAAAAAGUAAUCUCAACAAUCCCCAAACCAGAAAUAAAGAACAACACUCAGCGUUACAAUUCAAGAACACGAAACUGGUGGGGAAAGACAUAACACUUCUGCACCCAUGGAUUCAAAGAUUGUGCAAGAACAAAGCUGAGACAUCUCAUCAAACAGCAGGGCAAGAAGUUGACGGCGAACCCGAGACCUCAAAGGAAACCGUGUUGGAAGAAAUCCAGAAGAAGCAAUUCCCGAGCAUUGCAGUAAUUUCAGAUACUUAUCUAGAAUCGUUCGAAUUAUCGGAGUAUUGA